CGAAACAUCUUGUAAAUUCAGUCUAAGGCUCCAAAUAAUUAUAAUAAAUAAUUAACUAAAAACUCUAAUUGGUGAAAGCGUAGUGCAAAAACAAAAAAGAAUGCAGAAUUUGUGUGAAAACUUAUUACUUGUAUUUGUUUGUUGUGUUUUAUAAUUAACUGUGAAAAUUGAUAUUACGUACUUCUACUCUUUUUCAAGUCAUUUAUCAUAUAAACGGUGAUUUAUUCUUAAAAAUUUAAGAAAAAUUAUUGAGGCGUGCUGGUCGUAUUAAAAAUUACGCAACUAUUGUAAAAGUAAUACUUCAUAUAAAAAUAUCAGUUUCAAUAUAUUUAUAAAUGGAUACUACAUAUUGAUGCACGACAACAACGAACAUUUGUUUGAGUCAUCGAAUUUUAACAUUUGGAGAAACUCGUAAAAUGCUAGCAGCUAAUUUACCAGUAUGCCAAUAUGCUGGAAUGCCUCCCCAAAAUAACAACAAUAGUGGUGUAAAUAAUAGUAGUAACAGCGCUAAUAAUAAUUGUAACAGUGGUGGCGGAAUAAUUACAAAUAAUAAUGGCAUCAACAGUAAUAGUGGUGUUGGAUUAAUUGGAGGUGGAACUUCAGCUGCAGCAGCUAAAAACCAACUGGAACAAUUAAAUACAAUGCGUGAAGCACUAUUUUCUCAAGAUGGAUGGGGAUGUCAACAUGUAAAUCAAGAUACCAAUUGGGAAGUUCCAAGCUCACCUGAACCAGUUAAUAAAGACCCGUCUGGAGGGACACCAUUAUGGAAACCUACUAUUAAUAACGGCACUGAUUUAUGGGAAUCUAAUUUACGAAAUGGUGGACAGCCACCUAGCCAACCUAUUCAAAAAACUCCGUGGGGGCAUACACCUUCAUCGAAUUUAGGAGGAACAUGGGGUGAAGAUGAUGAUGGUGUUGAUAGCAGCAACGUUUGGACUGGUUCAAAUAAUAAUGCAUCUACCAAUAGUGGUAAUGUUGCUAAUGUAGGUGCAACUGGAUUGGGAGGGAAUUCAGCAAGUAGUAGUUCUCAAUGGGGCCAAUCUUCUGUAAGUGUAGGCGUAGUUAAUAGUAAUACUGCUGCUGUAGGUGCACAAACUGGGACUUUAGGUGUAUCUUCUGUUUCCUUUGUAGGUAAUAGUGGCUCUACCAACGUUGCAGUAUCUGGCACCGCUAGUAAUAUAAAUCAUGGAAAUAGUCCUGGAAAUGGUUGGGGCGAUCCACGAGACUUACGUAGCGGUCCAAUUAUGGGUACAAUGGAUAUGCGAAAUGUUGAUCCACGAGAUCCUCUAAGAGCGGCAUCUGCUGGUGAUCCUCGUGACAUUCGAAUGAUAGAUCCUCGUGAUCCUAUACGUGGAGAUCCACGUGGUAUAUCUGGUCGGUUGAAUGGAAAUUCUGAAAUGUGGGGUCAACAUCAUCCAGUAACUCAUAAUCCAAUGACUAGUAUAAAUAAAAUGGUGGGGCAAGCUGUGAAUACUGGCAGUAAUAUAGGACCAACCGUUGUAUCAAAUAACACUGUAUCAAAUUUAGGGCCCGGUGUGGGUUCAAUGAAUGUCGUUGCUGGAGUUACAGGAAAUGUAAAUACUCAAUGGGGUGUUGCGCAGACAGUCGUGGGUGCAAAAGAUAUGAAUUCAAUACCAACUAAAUCUGUUACCGGUUGGGAAGAACCGUCACCACCGCCACAGCGUAGAAAUCUAACUAACUAUGAUGAUGGGACAUCGCUAUGGAGUCAACAAGCUCGUGUUCCUGGUGGCACUGCGCAUUGGAAGGAUAUUUCCGACCCUAUAAAUCGAAGUCAUUUAAUUCGAGGUACAAUAACUCAAAAUACACAAAAUUCAGUAGUUCUUGGAUUAAGUGGAAAUGGAGGCACUGGGUUAGGCAAUAAUCAAUCUGGAGGCAUGGCAGCAGCCGUUGUCAAUUCUACUAAUCACAUAGGUAAUGUUGGUCCUCAAACACGAUUGGCUGCAGUUGGACCUCCACAACAUAAAACAGAUAAUACUAUGUGGGGCGUCCAUCCGAAUAGCACUGGGCGUAGUACUAAUUCAUGGGGUGAUGAUGGUAAUCAUAGUAUGAAUACGAACACAGGAUCAAACUGGGUUGAUGAAAAAACGCAACAAAUUAAUACUAAUGUUGGUAAUGUCAAUGCUUGGAAUGAUUCUGCGCCAUCUUGGAAUAAAAAUCAAAAUAAAAUGCCAACGGGCACGACUGGGUGGGGCUCAGGGCCUAGUGAAAGCAACGAUUUAAACAAUGACUGGUCUAACCACAAUCCAAUUGUGGGUAAAACGCAUCAAAAACUCGGUAAUGUUAACAUGGCCGUAACAAAUUUAAGUGUCGAUAUGAUAAAGCAAAGCAAGCAAUUUCGCUUAUUAGUAGAUGCUGGAUAUAAAAAGGACGACGUCGAGAGAGUACUUUUGGCAGGAAACGUGUCUGCUGAGGAGGCUGCUGAAGUAUUGCGUACAAAUGCAUCAAUAGGCCUUGAUAGUAGUGGGUGGCGACGUCAUGAUGAGAGUCUUAGUACCUAUGGCGAACAUGCAACUAACACUGGCGGUAAUGUUAGCGGUUUUCAUGGACGUUAUCCAGCACCGGCAACUCAACCUUCAAUGUCAUUCCCUCCGAACAAUCUUUUGAAUAAUAUGGGUGCUGCUGCUGUACCGAAUGUGGCAAACAAUCCCAAUUUGUCUAGCAUAAAUUCUAUGCAACCAAUGCAAAUGAAGAGUUUCUUAAAUCAAGGUCAGCAUACUCUUACAUCUGGUGGGCCUCAGUCUGUUAAUGCGACUUCAGUAGGAUUUGCGCAGGCUAGUAACGUACCAACAGGUGUUAAUGCUGUUACCAAUACUAACAAUGGACCAUCUGCUCAACAACUACGUAUGCUGGUGCAGCAAAUUCAAUUAGCUGUACAUAGUGGUUAUUUAUCUAACCAAAUAUUGAAUCAACCGUUAGCACCUGCUACGCUUAUAUUACUCAAUCAACUGCUUAGUAAUAUAAAGCAUUUGCAAGGGGCUCAGCAGACAUUAUCGCGCAACACCAACAAUAUACAAAUAAAUACUGCAAUUACCAAAUAUAAGCAGCAAAUACAAAAUUUGCAAAACCAAAUAAACACACAACAAGCAAUUUAUAUUAAACAACAACAGAGCCUUCAACAACCUUCUCAACAUCCUAUAGCGCAUGUAAACAAUACUGAGUAUUUAAGAGGACAACAUGAAGCUAUUAACGCUUUGCAGGGUAGUUUUUCGGAUAUGACUUUAAGCAAAACCGGCAGUUACCAAGGUACUCCAAGUCAGCAAUCCAGACUAAAUCAGUGGAAACUUCCAGUAUUAGAAAAAGAUGUAACAAAUGAUACCACAGAUUUUUCUCGCGCUCCAGGCGCAACUAAACAAUCGCUUGUAAAUACUGCAAAUGUAAAUAACAUAGGCCCCCUAGGUAUACAAAGUGAUGGUACUUGGUCCGCUGGAAGAAAUAUAGGAGACGGUUGGCCAGAUUCCGCAAAUGAUAACGAGAAUAAAGACUGGUCUGUUGCACAAACAUCAGCAACGGCAUACACUGAUUUAGUGCAGGAAUUCGAACCUGGAAAACCAUGGAAGGGUUCACAGAUCAAAAAUAUAGAAGACGACCCUAGCAUUACACCGGGCAGUGUUGCUAGAUCCCCAUUGUCUAUCAAUCCGACGCCAAAAGAUGCUGACAUUUUUGCAAAUGCUAGUAAAAACUCUCCGACUGAUUUACCCCCUCUGAGUUUAUCUUCAUCAACAUGGAGUUUUAAUCCGACUCCUAAUAGUCAAAAUUUUUCAAGUUGGUCUGAAAAUGCACCUCAGUGUGCAACUUCAGAACUUUGGGCAACCCCUAUUAACAAAACAUCACGUGGACCACCACCUGGAUUAGGUUCUAACAAGAAUAAUGCCAGUGGUGGAAUGUCAAUUGUUGCAAACCAGAAUACAACAGCUAAUAAUGCAAACGGCUGGUUAGUUGGAAGUAGCACAACACGUGGAGUAUCAAAUGUUAAUUCUAAUUGGGCUGGUACAAAUACCAAUUGGAAUACAAAUUGGUUACUAAUUAAAAACUUAACUUCUCAGAUUGAUGGAUCGACAUUACGUACCUUAUGCAUGCAACAUGGUCCACUCAUCAGUUUUCAUCUUUAUUUAAAUCAAGGAAUAGCUUUAUGUAAAUAUGCAACACGUGAAGAAGUAAACAAAGCACAAAUGACUCUUAAUAAUUGUACGUUGGGUAAUACCACCAUUUGUGUAGAAACACCUAGUGAAAAUGAAGUUCAAAAUAUUUUACAACAUAUACCACAAUCAUGUUCUAAUGCCGGUACCAGCACUAAUAACAGUGGCGGAGGGAAUGGUGUUGGAGGCAGUAAUAAUAUUUCCACUACAAAUGCCAGCAGUGGGAAUGUUGUAAGUGCAUCGGGCAACACAAAUGUUAGUGUAGCUAACAGUACUGUGUUAAAUGGCAGCAGCAAUACCUCUAUAGCAGGUAACACUCAAGUAACUGGUGCUCCUAAUUGUAAUAUCAAUAGCGGAAAUAAUAGUAAUGGUAAUGGGGGAGUUACUAACGCUAUUAUCACAACUAAUGCAAAUACGUCUUCAGUUCAAAACUCAACUUGGCGUCCAAAUCAACAAAAUCAAACUAGGCCAACAGGUAGGGAAACCGAUUUUGAUUACAUUUCCAAAUAUGUUUGCUCCAUUGUGGAUGAUUAAAUAUUAAUUCAAUCUUAAAAAAGCGAUGGUAAAUUUUUGCUAAGCAUGAGAUUGACUGAUAGAUGAAUGGACUUAACAUUAAUUAUUUUAAAAAUAACGCUUUUUUAUUAUUUGUAUAGGUUAAUAUCUAUGUUGAUAAUAAUCGUAUUAUAUAAAAAAAAUUGUAAAUAUAUAU